AUGCAGAUCAAGCCAUGGAUCAAAUACCAGAUACUGCCCAACAUUAUAUCCAGUGUGAUUCAAAGUCAUGCAAAAGCUACUCAAAGUUCUAUUGCAAUAACUGUCACCAAAAACGGUGUGAGUUAUGCAGAGUUUCAUGUUAAAAACAGGAAAACAAGACAUCAUGAAGUUGUCUUCUAUCACGAGAGAAAGAGACAGGUUCCCUCAGAAAAAUGCAGAAUACAUCAAAAUGACAUGAUAGAUGUUUAUUGCUGGGAUUGCCACACUCCUGUUUGUUUCAUAUGUUUUGCACUAUACCACCUUAAUCACAAACCACGUGAUCUGGAAAUUGUCUACAAUGAAACGCUAGGAAAAUGUCAGAAGGAACUGAUUAACAUCCGUAGAACAGUUAUUCCUAAGGUUGAGAAAAAUUUCAAGACUCUUACAGAGAUUACAGAAAAUGCCAAGAAGACAAUUGAGAAGUUAAGAUUAUCCAUGAGAAAAAAAUCUGAUGAGAUCAAGGCCUUAGUGGACACCAUUCUGAAGAAAAACCAAUCCGUGCUUGACGAUAUAGAAAGAUGCAUCUUGGAUGACCUGUUCAUUCAAGAAAAUAAAACAAAGGUUUUUAAUGACUAUCUUAACAAACUGUUCAUUGACUAUGAUCGUGAAUUGUCAAGAAUAAAACCAACGGAACUUUCUAAAUUCUAUAAAAAGAUCUCAUCAGUUACAGAGAAGAUGCCUGGGGUGACAAGACCAACACUACCAGACUUUAAACAAGGGAUAAUGAAAAAGGAAGAAAUAUCUGAACAGUUUGGUGUCAUUGAUAUAGUCAUAAAACCAUUUGUGGAGGAAAAAAGCCAGACCAAUUGGACACUUUCCCCUUCUGUAACACAAUUAAAAGAAAUUACGAUCCCUGACCUUGAUGUCGUCUGUCAUUUAUCUCCGUUACCGCCAGGAAAAUUCUGGGCCAGCGACAACGAGGGAAAUCUCGUACAUUUUGAUAUGGAUGGAAAUAUCUUAGGUAAAAUAUCCACUAAUGUGAAUAAUACCACUGGUUACCACACAGUUACCACUGAUGGGGAACUACUGUACAUUGAUGUCAAUAGGAAAGCCAUUAACAAAGUGGAAAAUGAUACGAGAUCAAUGUUAAUCAUAACCUCAGACGUCUGGGAACCAGUAUCCAUAUACGCUUCACGUAUUAAUGGAGACAUAUUAGUGGGAAUGAAGAAAGAGAAAGAAAGAAAAGUGACAAGAUACAUCAGCCAAGUAAAAGUCCAGGAAAUCCAGAAAGAUGAUAAAGGACAGAACUUAUAUCAAAGUAUUCGCUAUAUCACAGAAAACGUCAAUGGUAACAUCUGUUCAUCAGAUUCUGCUGCCAAAAAGGUAGUCGUGGUGACUAAUUUUGGGCAGUAUAGAUUCUCCUAUUUCGGUCACCAAUCUCAGUCUGCAUUCCUUCCUUAUGGCUUAAGUACAAACGUACUAGGAAAUAUAUUGGUUUGCAAUGGUUAUAAUCUUACGGUUUCUAGUGUUCAUCUCUUGGAUCAGGACGGUCGGUUUCUUUCUUUCUUACUCACACCACAACAGUGUCCUCCAUAUCCCCGUGCUCUCUGUAUUGAUGAUAAACACAACAUUUUGAUUGGACGUUGA